UUUAUCUUCUGUAAAUUAUAUUUAAUGAAAAGUUAAUGAACAAACUGAUUUCUUUUUCUUCUCAAAGCAUAAAGCUUGUCUGGGGAACCGUAAGUCACUGAACUUGUGUCUAUUAAUUAGUCUCUAGCUCACGUAAGACUUUAACAUUGUCUAGAAGCUGCCACUUCUGUAUCUGGGUCAAAGGCUGGUGGGACGAGGUGACUAUCUCCAGUUAGGCUGACAUGCUCCCAGCAUUGGGCCAAAGGCCGAUGUGUUUUAGUAGAGCAGCUGGUACUGUUCUUAAGAUGGCUUCCAAAAAUAGCAUUCAAGUUCCAGUACAGUGAUUCGGUUCCCAGUCAGUUUUUUUUUUUCCUGUAAGUUCCUAUGCUGUGCUUGUUUGUUAGUGACUGAAGCUUUUAUAAAUAUUUAGGCUGGAUUAUGCUUCUGCUUGGUGAGCUCUAAUUAUACUUUUCCCUGUUUUUAUAAUAUCUGUAUCUAAAUGUCUCCAGGGCUUUUAUUGUGCAGUUUCACAGACCCAGAGUUCUGACAGUUUUCAGAAGGAUGUCAAUAGGUAUGAUGCAUGGGAACUGUGACAUCACACUCUGCUCAGCCCUGGGCAGGGGAGGCUGCAGCAGAAGCAGGUACCAGGGUGAUGUGGGGAUGGCAGGUGUGCCCUGAAAAGCCUUGAUUUAAGAUGAGAAGCUGUGAGCCGGCCUCAGUGUGUGACAAUGGAGCUUCCAGACAAUGUUCUGAGCUGCCUCAAGACUUUGCUUGAGGGUGUGAGCAGAGCUGUCAUAAAACAGAAACCAGAAGACAUUGCUGGGUUUUUAGCUUCCUAUUUCCAAGAGUUCAUUGACUUCCAAAAAGAGAAUCCAGAUUUGGUUUUAACAGAAGUGAUUGAAAAAUUUGAUCUCAAGCGGGAAACUUGGAAUGGGGAACUGGAAGAGAAGACAUCAAAUUGUGAUGAGGCUCUGCUUCUUACUGAGUCCCAGAGAAAGGAAUCGUGUACUGACAGAGAGGAAGAUCAUCAUCUUGAAGACCUCACUUCACGUAGCUCCAGAGUAACUCUGUGCCCAUCACCAACCAGUUCCAUUCCAGAAAGCACAAACCCCACUGGACCUGAUGGAGCUUUAUCCCCUGAGGGAUCUGAACUUGAGCGUGUGCCUUCUGACCCUGCACAGCUCCCUGCCCAUGUGGAAGAUAGCAGUGGUUCUGUUUGUCUUGUGAGGGAUGUGGCAACCACUGUGCAGACUCUUCAGGAAGAUGUUUCUGCUGCCUCAGCAGCUGAGGCUUCCAAGUCACAACUAGGAAUGCAACCUUGGUCCUCCAUCAGUGGAGAUCUAGGACCCUCAGACACCCAGAUCCUUGUCUUAUCAACUGAUACAAAUCAGGUUUCCUCAGUCCUCCUGCAGGAAGGACUCUCAUCUCUUCCACAACCACCACCUCCUAAAGAAGAGUUGCACGCUGUGCCUGCCUGUAGUGCAGCUGAGGCCAUCUCAACCACUGAUAAAAUGAUAAUGGAUGCAGAGGUUCCUUCCUACACACAGCAGUUUCCAGAUAAAAUAAUCAUUUCCUUUAGUGGACAAGCUCUUUCUUCUGUAAAGCUGUCAUUAAAUGCAGGCCAGGUCUCAUGGCUGGUUGCUAAUGAUGCAGCGUAUCAGCCUGAGCAAAUGGAAGGCAUAGCACCGAUGGAAUCAGCUGAGCAAGCCUGCUGCUUCAGAGUGGAAUGUUCCAUUUUGGAUGACAUGCUGAAGAACUGACACAACAACUCUCAAAAUCACUUAACAGCUGGGCAACUUUGAGGGUAAGACUUGAAAUGCUGGCCACAGUGAAGACCUGAGUGCAGAAGCGAUGAGGUAUCCAAUUUUUGCCCACACCAUAAGAACCAGGCAAAGCACAGACCAAAAAAAAAAAGCAUUUCUCCUCUUCUGUGCAGAUGUCUCCAUCACCACUGCCCUACCUGGGUAAUUCUAGUUGCACACAGAAUAAAAACAGAAAGCAUCUCA